GCUCAACCUUUAAGAGUUUUGGUAACUGGAGCUGCUGGUCAGAUUGCCUACUCUCUGCUUUAUGGAAUUGCUAAAGGCGAUGUCUUCGGCAAAGACCAGUCAUUGGAGCUUGUUCUCCUCGAUAUUACACCUAUGAUGGGAGUAUUGGGAGGCGUUGUAAUGGAGCUCCAGGACUGCGCCCUGCCUCUGCUAAAAGAUGUGAUAGCUACAGACAAGGAAGAUGAAGCCUUCAAAGAUCUGGAUGUUGCAGUCCUGGUGGGCUCCAUGCCAAGGAGGGAAGGGAUGGAAAGAAAAGACCUGCUGAAAGCCAAUGUGAAAAUCUUUAAAUCACAAGGUGUUGCACUUGACAAAUAUGCCAAGAAGUCAGUGAAGGUGAUUGUAGUGGGCAAUCCUGCAAACACCAACUGCCUGACUGCAAUGAAGUCUGCUCCAUCCAUCCCUAAAGAGAACUUCAGCUGCUUGACUCGUCUAGAUCACAAUAGAGCAAAAGCUCAGAUUGCAAAUCGCUUGAAGGUAGCAAAUGAUGAUGUUAAAAAUGUGAUCAUCUGGGGAAAAAUCACUCCUCUACCCAGUACCCUGAUUCUAGUCAUGCUGUUGUCCGUCUGCAAGGAAAGGAUGUGUCCGUGUUUGAAGCAGUGAAAAGAUGAUUGCUGGCUCAAAGGGGAAUUCAUCUCGACUGUUCAGCAGCGUGGCGCUGCUGUUAUUGCAGCGAGGAAGUUAUCCAGCGCUAUGUCGGCUGCCAAAGCCAUUUGUGAUCAUAUUCGAGACAUUUGGUUUGGAACCCCAGAGGGACAAUAUGUGUCCAUGGGUGUUAUUUCAAAUGGAAACUCCUAUGGUGUGCCUGACGAUCUCAUGUACUCAUUCCCUGUUGUAAUUAAGGAUAAAAGCUGGAAGAUAGUUGAAGGCCUGAAAAUUGAUGAUUUCUCUCGUGGAAAGAUGGAUCUAACAGCCAAAGAACUUCAAGAGGAGAAAGACACUGCUUUUGCGUUUCUUUCAAUUGCAUGA